UCUUUUAUUUCAGCUCAUGAAACAUGGAACCAACACUUUACAUGUUGCAUUUUAUAAUUUAGUUCCAGUGUAUGAUGGUGGAAGGGCUGUAAGGACUCAAUGUUACAAUAGCUUUACAGUAAGCUAAAUGCUAUCCUUUGACUGGAGGUGUGGUCUAGACUAGACAAGCGUAUUCCUCCCCUCUCCAUCGACAUGUUGUGAUUCCAGCGGCUCUUGUCUGUCUGGAGGAGCCGUGUCCACUCAGUAAAAUUAAAACCAGGGCUGGAGUGAGAUUAGCCAUUGAGAUGAGGAGUGGCGGGGGGCAGGCAAUCACAACUAAGAGUAUGCUAAAUGAACUGCUUCCAUCAGAGGCUCAACGUUUGAUGUGUAGCUCCACUCCUCUUGAAGCCCUAAAGCGGUCUUCAGCAUUCUGGCAGUGACAGACUCUGGUAAUGUGUUUGAUGUUGAAGGGUGACCUCAGUUUACUGCUGGGGGUAGCAAGCCAAGGCAACUGGAAAUGGGGCUCUUUCCAAAGGAUGGUGUGACAUCAACUACAGGAAUGAGCUGUGGAGAGAAACGGUUUCCCCCAUCUCUCCUGUGUCAGUUUCUCUGACCUCUAACCGCUGACCACAACCAGGAAGUUCUGAGGUUUCAACUUCUACUCCUGGUCCCCUCCCACGCUCCCCUCUGAUCUCACAUCAGACUGUGUAAAUAGGAAGAUUGAGUAGCUUGUUUCUGAUUGGUCUAAAAGCAACUCUCUGACCUCUAACGUUAGUCAGGGUCGUGUCACGAUUUGGAUGGAUCACCUCCGAUCCCCCAUCAGACCGAGCAGCAAAGCCUUGAGAAGUGCCAACUUCCAUUCUCUAGUUAGUGACCUUGCCACUUUUCAAGGCCUGGCUCAAUGAUUAACCUGGACUAGUUUGUGCAUGUUGUGUUUUCCCUCCCGUCUGGCAUUGUGUACACAGUGUGGCAGGAUUGAUUUCUGUCUCGCUCUGCCUUCGUCUGUGAAGGUCCUUGAAAGUGAUGUGUUGUACAGAGUGGUGGUGUGUGUGUUUAAACACUGAGGCAUGGCUGUCUCCUCUCAUUAACACGUCUCACUGCAGCACAGCACAUACAAGCUGGGAAAGACCAGAAGGAAUCAUGAAGAAUAAGUCACAGCAGCUCUGUGUUUCACUGAUAUGCCUGAUGUUAAGAACACAUGCUUCUCUGAACUCAACGCCACUUUAAUUGAAUUGCUUAUAAUUGAUUAGUACAGAAAAUAUAAGAUGGACUUCAAUGGUCAGUGUGUUAAAGCUAGAAUCCUUAGUUGCUACAUCCAUUUUGGACUUAUAAAGUAAUGAUAUUCCCAUUGAUUCUUGAAGAAUAUAACUUGUAAAUGUCUCAUGAGCUUAGUUCAACUGUCGUACCCCUUCAGACUCCAAAAUAUCAGCUUGUUUUUACUCUGUUUGUAAACAAUAUAAAUGUAAACAAACAAUGAAUAGACUCAAGAAAUUAUUAAAACUAUAAUUUUGAUGUCAUGGAUGGUCUGUCCUUGCAUCCAUAGCUCUGUCUAUGAAUUUGAGUGGUUACAAUGUUCCAAGGCUGAUAUUUGACAUGUCUCUUCACAAAAGCCUCUAUUGAGAUGCUGUUGUAUUGUGAUACUCAUAUCUGGCUGUGGAUCUCUCCUUCAUUUACAGUCCAGUUUGAAGGGGCGGAGAAGUCCAGAAUGUCGCCCACCAAGGAGGGUAAAGGAGGGCGUCCGCCCCGCGUCCACUCCAGUUGUUGUCUGGUCAACACCAAGAUGAGCUCUCUGGACCACUGCAGUGCUACUCUGGGGGAACGCAUUGACCCCUCCAUGCCCCUGGAGAGCCAGUUCUGGUACCAUGGAUCGAUCAGCAGGACGGAUGCAGAGUCUCUGCUGAGGCUGUGUAAGGAGGCCAGCUACCUGGUGAGGAACAGUGAGACCAGCAAGAACGACUUCUCCCUCUCACUCAAGAGCAGCCAGGGCUUCAUGCACAUGAAGCUGUCGAGGACGAAGGAGAACAAGUACAUCCUGGGUCAAAACAGCUGUCCCUUCGUCAGUGUCCCCGAGAUCAUCCACUUCUACUCCAGCCGCAAGCUGCCCAUCAAGGGGGCCGAGCACAUGUCCCUGCUCUACCCCGUGGCCAUCAGAACACUAUAGUGACACUUCCUUCCCCAAAGGUCACUCAGGGGUCAGAUGCCCUCUCCUGCCACCUUCCCUGGGAAACCCUGUCGCUCUGCCUAUCUGCUUCUGUCUGAUUGGUCUGAAGGACAGAGUUCAAGUUGGCGGAGGAGGCAGGGAUGAUGAUGAUGAUGAUGAUGAUGAUGAUGAUAACACAGCUCACCUGUCAUCACCCACCUGAUCCCAGUCCUGCUUUUAACUUUUUGUUUGUAUUUGCUAUAACAUUAUCAUCGCAUCAUUGACUGACACUUUAUCUGCUGACAAGCAUUGUUUCACUGAUCCCACAGCUGCUUCCUCAACAGUACCACUCUGUACCCAUCUCCUUCUGCUGGAAGUGUCAUGUUUGUUUAGUGAGGGGAACCUAAAGAUUGUAAUGGCCUUAUAAAGGAAGCGGGGAAGGCAAAUUAAUGUAUUGGAGUUGGGUUAUAUUGUAUGGGCACUCUACAGUGGCUGGCAAACUCAAUAAACCUGCCCUGUGUGAAUACUUUCCCCAUCAGUGCAACAACAGUUUAGUGUUUAAGUGCUGUACGGUCUACAGACUGAUGUCUCUGUCUAUUCCCGGGACUGUAAUUUCUGAUAUCCAUCACCACGGGUGUCCCAUUGGUAGGACAGCGUAAGUACAGCUCUGGUUUGACAGUCAGCAGACUGAUAGAUGGAUCACUAUGUUAUAAAGCAGUAGCACCAUUGGCUAAAUGAGCCAGAGUUGGGCUCCUAGUCUAAAAAUGGGCCAAAUUACCUUCCCCAUCGUAGAAUAUCUUUGGAUGGGGAGAAUAGAAUAUGCCUGCAUUGUCUACCUCAGAAAAUCAAUUUCAUUAGUCUAUCUGCAGAUCAAUAGGUACAAUGAGAUUGCAGAUAUUGAUCCAAUCCCCACCAUGCGACUCCGAUUCCCAACAAAUUGCAUCUAUGGUUUAAGAAUAUGUUUUUGCAUAAACCAGUCAAUCAGAUAAUGUUUUUGGUUCUUUUUAAAAAACUACAUUUUACAGAUCAGCAUUUGUAUGUAUAGUCACUAUGAAAUUGUGUGAUGUCAGUAACAAAUGUUUGGUUAAUGCCUUAUAAUGCAUGGGUUAAAUCAGUCGGAUUAGAUCCGCUGAUUUCUAGAGUUCUGCUUCUUUCAACGAUUGUUCUGUGACUGUAAUUUAUUCUGGGGUAAUUCUUCUUAUUACAGAUGUGUUACUCCUCUCUGUGAAGGCCUGCCUCGUGGCAUCCGGCCCUCACUAUUCUGUGCCAUGUGAUCGUGUUUGGGCAGAGUUUGAAUACCCCAGGCCUGGCCUCAUAUACUGUGGUGCUUUGUGUUUUAGUCAGUUCUGCUUCCAUGUGUCCAACUGCCUCUGUGGCCUGACUCUGACUCUGAGACACUGAUGAUGAGUAAUGGUGUCUCGUGACCAAUGGGAUUGUCAACCCUCACAUAAAGACUGUCUGUAGAAUCCCCAUGGACCAAUCGGAGGACUCAAUUUUCCUGGAUGAACUCUGACCUCCAGUCUGUCAUAACCCCUCUGUUGGAAUUAUUUAAUACACACAUCUCAAAAUUG